CCGAUUUCCUGCCGUCCGAACACUCGUCACUAUUCAUUACAAUUUUUUCGUGUGCUCUGCGUGGACGGAUUUUUCCUUUGCACGUAAAAGUGGUGAAUAAUGUCGGAAAAUCGUAAAUCUAAGAAGAGAAAGAUACAAGAAUUAUUGCAGGAUCUUUUGGAAAACUCAAAAAAGAAAACAUCGGACAAUUUAGGGCCAGAGGUGCAUUGCGAUAUUUUAGACUUGCUAUCAGUUUUCUUGUCAAAGGGCUUGGAUGCAGAUGGACGAAAAACUACCCUGGAAAAAUAUCCUAUUUUAAAAGGUUGUGAGGCUCUGAAACCACCAGAGGUAAAUCCUGAAAUUAAAUCUUGUUUAACACAGGCAGUAUUGAGGCACGAUCUGUGUCUAUCAAAACUUCAGGGUCAAUUAGCAGCAGCUAUAAGUACCUUAGCUGUUCCUACAAAUACCAUUUAUGAAGAACUUAAGAAAUCCGACACGCCACCAUCUACUCACGAGGAGUUGGAAAAAUUUGGAGAUCCAAUAAAGCUUGUGGCCGACGUUUUCUAUUCUCUCUCAAAGCGUAGACGCUAUUUAAUUGUUCCAUGUUUAGAUGACUCCGUUAAGGAUAUAUUGGAGAGUUGCCCCAUAGAUUCUUUCCUUUUUGGACAAAAUUUCACAGAAAAACUAAAAUGCUCUCCUGAAGCAAACAAGUUUGGCGCGUCUAUUAAAAAGAAACCUAAGAUUCUACGUACAGUGACCACAGCUUCCACUUCGUCUCGUCUCCCUUCAUCAUCCAAACAGAUUGCUGGAUCUUCACGACGAGGUUCACAGUUUUUUUACUAUCGCCAAGGCGGGUUUUGAAAGGAAUAUAUAGACAGAAACCUCGGCAACCGAAAUACCAGAUAACAUGGGACCCUUCCUUAGUUCUGGACUAUUUAGCAAAAAUGUACCCUCUACCUGAGGUACCGCUGCCCCAAUUGACCUGUAAGCUAGUAACUUUACUAGCUCUAGUAACUGGUCAUAGAAUACAUGCAUUGACUAAAAUUAGGACUAGAAAUAUUACUCGUUUUAGCAAUAGACUAGAAAUUAAGAUACCAGAUUUAAUAAAGACAUCCAGUCGUUCUACUUGUCAACCCUUGUUAGUUGUUCCAUAGUUUACUGACCACCCUCCCCUAUGUUUAGCCUCAGUAAUUAAUGAUUAUAUACAAAGAACCCAGACCCAUAGGUCUGAGGAAACCGAUCAAGAAAACAGGAAAGUGGAGUGGAUGUAAAUUAUUUUUCCAGUCACAGUACGCGACACGCUGCGACUUCAGUAGCCUAUAGGGCUAGAAUUUCAAUAGAAGUCAUUAGGAAGGCUGCUGGAUGGACCCAAAAAGGUAACACAUUUAACACUUUCUAUAAUCACCCUUUAAGUUCUGACUCUACAUCAUUUGCUAGAAGUGUACUUAGUA